UAUGAUUUGUGUAUUUUAAGUUAUAAAAUCAGGUUAUUACUUUUAAUUGAGAUUCAGCAUACACAGGUUUAGUUUAAUCAAAACAAUGCCUAUCACUGCUGCUGCGAGUAGCAGUAGCCAAUAUCAUCUAGAUCUUCAACCGCAGAAAGAAAAUGUUUUUGUUACGCAGUUGAAUGAUAGGUCGGAAAAUGACGAUAUUCGGCGAUUUCCGAUUGUCAAAGAUUCAGCGGAUAAGUUACUGCAAUCUGGGAUUAACACACUUCAGAGCACUUCAUUGCUUCGACAAGCAGUUGAUGUUGAACAUGUCGAUCGUGAACUUGCGGAAAAAAGAGAAGAAUUCCGUCAAAGGAUGGAGGUCUGCAAAGCUAAGGAGGAAGCUUUGAAAAUGAAACAACAAAAAAUUAAAGAAAGAGUUACAAAGUUUGAUCGUUUCUUAAAAGAGAAUGAAGCGAAAAGAAAUCGUGCUUUGAAAAAAUAUCAACAAGAAGUGAAAAAUAACAAACUUAAAAGUCGAGAGCUUUCUCAACUUAACAGAGAAUUGGAAACAUUGACAAAACAACGAGAGUCACUUAAGAGAAGGUUGGUGCAGAAUAAAAUCUACGAAUCCUAUUUGAUGAGAGUUAUUGAUAUAUUGCCUGAAGAUUAUUUAGAGAUGGGUGCAGAUUCUGUGAUACAAGGUGUUAUACAGAGACAUGAAGGAUUAUCUGCAACCAAUGAGGGAUUGUUGGAUCGAAACCAUUCUUUGAUAUCAAGUAUUGAAAACGGACAACGAGAAUUGGAUGACCUUCGCCAAGAGACGAAUAAACUCAAGUUAGUGUUCAACAGCGAACUCGCAUCGCUACAGAAGGUGAAAGAAAAGCUAUUACAAAAGAAUAAAAUUCUUGAGCAGCAGGCAGCUAAUUCUCAUGAAAAUAAGCGAAGGUUGAUAGGAGAAUUAGGUCAGAUUUUAAUGGGAAUUGAUAAUUUGGCACAGGAAGCACACAGGCGACACUGGCCGGCUAUAACCAAUAUGACUUAUACACAAAAAUUGUCUAUGGUACAAGAGUUUUUUCUUGAAAGAGUCAGCGUCGAAAAAUCUGUUAGAGCAAUGAUGGUGGAAGCAGAAAUCAAUGCAACAAAUAGCAACAGCAUUGGUCGAUCAUCGAUUGGCAACACAAAGUCCCUUUACCAAUUUGACAACGACAGGUCAUAUUCGAGAAAACAAGUCCUUCCCCCGAUCGGCAAAUCUACCAUCACUGCCAAGAAAGCUCCUGUUCCUUCAUCUGGUCAAGUUACAAAAUCAAGCACAAAUUUCCUGGAGCGUCUCACUGCGAUUUCUGAAUCUCAUGCAGAGCUGUAAAUCAACCCACAAUUAUUUCUUGUACAAAGAUGUGUGUUUCACUAAGCAUGAGAAAAACAUGGUGUAUCUUGGAAAUUGCACUGUGUUGAAAUAUUUUAACCUGAUUGCAAAUUAAUUCUACUAUUUAUAGUCACACACUUGCACUUUCAAUAUUUACUUUGCAAUUUUCUGUCAGAACACAUUGAUAUUUAAUGUGAUUUGAGGAUUUUUUUUUGCAAUGCCUCAUACCCUUUCAACUCCAUGACAACACCACUAACAUUUGAGCACAACCACUUUUAGGAAUAAUAGUAUUUUUUUAAUGAUCACAGUGGCCUAGGGGUUAAAGCAAUUGAAUAUUUAAAUCUGGGGUUUAGAUGCUAAUGCCACAAUGUUCAUUACUCAAUGUUGUUCUUUGAUUGGUCAAUUUCAGUAAGAAAACAAAGUUGUUACAGACAUUGCUGAAAGGGUCGAAAUCUUAAUUCUCUCCACUAUCCCUCAAGGCUUGAGUGAGGAAGCCUACUAGCCUGGAUUCUACAUUUUUUAGCAAUGUUGUGACUUCAAAAUCUUGCUUGUCCAUUUACCAUAUGAAAAAACUGAAAUAUUUUUUAUACAGCAGCACGUUUGGUAUUUCUGUUUCGUGUCAUGUGUCAUAUUUGUCAAUGCAUACUUGGCUACACAUACUCUUUGCAUUUUAUUUUCAUUUUAUUUACAGGGUGACCCAAAAACAGAACCCAUGUCAUUCUGAAUAUAUUCUAGAGAAGGGUUAUCACAAGGUGGUGCGCGCCACACAAUCUUGGGGGGGAGGGUGUAGACAAUGUUCUAUAUAUUUGUUUGAUUUGAUCUUGCCCGCCAUAUUUUGGAUAUUUACAAUUCCUUCAUUUUGGGUUUUUAUGUUCCAAGCAAUGAUUUUCAAUGUGGAACAAAACAUAAUUUUGCCUUACUAUCCAUUUUGCGGCCUAUUGUUAGCUAGUUACUUUUGAGGUGGGGCGUGAGACUUGACAUAUUUUAAAAAGGGGCUGCGCCUUUAAAAGUUUGAGAACCACUGUCCUAGAGAUUUUAACGCUUGUGCGAAGCGUCCUACAUUAACAAACAAAAGUUGAGGUGUCAGAUUACUUUUUUCUUAGAAGUACUUAAAAUUAUGGGUUCUGUUUUCUUGGGUCAUCCCCCAUGUUGAUUUCAUUAUUCUAAUAAAGAAUUACACAAUUCCAUUUCACUUUGUUAGUGUUAGAUGUCACUUUUCAUCGUCUUUGUUGUUUUUUAUGAGUGACCAAGCAUGGGAAUUCGACAAACUUUAAAAAUAUAUCAAGUCCAUG